AUGUGGUUCUUCAGUAACAAGUGGCAGAAGGGUAUAAAUCCGAAAAGAUUCCCUGACGUGGACAUCGAUUUAUUCAAAAACUAUCGACUCAAGACUGUUCUCAGCUACGCUGUUGGGACUUGGGCAUUUGGGCUGCUGAAACUUGCCCUAUUUAUUUCGGAUCUUUACACGUGCAUAAAGCUGCUGGCCUACAACUCUUGGUCAAAUAAUAUUGUCAAACCGUAUCUACCAUUCCGCAUUUCCAAAUGGCUAUUUAGCGGAUGCAUAUUGGCAUCGAUACUACUAUUACUGUGGAAUGUGAUACAUGCAAUUCGGAUUUAUAGGACGAAAAAUAUCGCUCUUUGUUAUGUCAACAAUAUAUGCAGGAACAGUAUCUCGUUCGUCAACUAUCCUAAAUUUUGCAUUUUCGACAGGAUAUCAUCGAAGGGCACGUUCCAAUGGUUCGCUUUCUUUGUGUUCUUUGAACUGAAGGACUGUCUUGGGCUACUUUUCACAGAUACUCCCAGACAAGUAAUCAAUGGACUCACGUUAUGGUCCGUACUAGUCACAGUCCAUAGUGACCUAGACAACAAUAUGGACUUGGGGGACCUGGAAUCUUUCCAGGGACUGAUUAACAAAAUCAAAGGCAUUGCUCAAAGUAAUCAUCAAGAGGCUGUCCUUUUGUCAUUCAUGCUCUUUUCGUUCAUUGUCUGGAUGUUUUUUAUGGCCAAGCUUAUUUUCGCAAUGAUAUGCUCAGUCUUUGUUUAUUUUAGACUCAUUCACGAAAAAGAAUAUGCGGGAUUGAGGGACUAUGUUUGCAUAGCGAUCUGCCGUCACGUUGAUGAGCUCAUCACCAAGCAAAACAGGAAAAUGGAAGAGAAAGUUUACAACGCACGACUAUUAUCCAACACCGAGUCAACGCUUGAACUUAAUAGCUACAGCCAAAUCCCGAUAUUUCAGUCCACGUCCUACGUUCCGUAUAAUGAUUCCAGCACUUCCCUGCAUCAAAAUGAAAAGAACAGAUAUAGUCCAAUCGAUACCCUUACGAAAUCAGAUAGUCUCGAAAUGGAUGCAUUAAACGAAUUGGUCUUUAUAACGUCAACCAUUAGGGGUCAGGCAGAUUUGGUAAAACCCCAUCCCCAAUCUUUCCGCAAUAUAUCAAACAGCAUUGAAAACGAAUAUCUUGGUGUGGGGAAUAGAAAUGUCACUUCCAGCUCUUCAAAACUUGGAGAAAAGGAAUUACUAGAUGAGCGGACGCGAUUUGUUGAAAGAAACCAUGGUCAGGUCAACAAAUAUUCCCACUUGCAACCUGAUAACCUGGAUUUUCAGACACGCCACCCUAGUAACGACACAACGUCAGGAGCCAUGAACAACAACUUUUCUAGCUUCCCCAAUGACCAUGACAGAUCAUUUUCAACAAUAAGUCAUGCACAGAGUAAAACACAAAGGCCUGUUCCACCUCUCGACAUUUCCUUCGCACAAAGCUCAUUUGAACAAAAAUCUAACAUAUUCACACCGGAUAGGGCGUACUUUAGACAAGAUAUCGAACAGUCACCACUACUACCCCACGAUGAAUAUCGUAACGAGAACUUCUAUCCAUGA